GCUCCAAUUUACGCAAGCCUUGGCCAUGUCUCCGUCUUUGUUUCCGCCAAAUGCAUAGUAUAAAAGCAUGUAUUUUUGUGUCGAACAUCAUUCCACUUUCAGGAUUCCAAGGAAUAUUAUCAAAAUGAUCGCUAAGUUUGUCGCCCUAGUCUGCCUGUUCGGCCUGGCCGCCGCUGGCAACCUAUACGGCUCCGGCCUCGGCUACGCUGGCUACGGAGGGUACUACGGAGGCUACGCUGCCCCAGUGGUAGCAAAGAGCUAUGUAGCACCUGUCAGCUACGUCGCCCCAGUCAGCUACGCUCCAGCCGUCUCCCACGUGUCUCAAUACAGCUACAGUGCCCCAGUAGUCAAGACCUACGCUGCCCCGCUAGUCAAGUCGUACGCUGCGCCAGUUGUCUCCAGCUACGCUUACUCUCCCUACUCAGCAUACGCUGCGACUCCUUACUCUUACGGUGGUUACGGAGCGUACGGCAAAUACGUCUGGUGAUUUAAGUGAUGUUUGCCCUCAGAUGCUACUAUGUACCUAAUGCUCAAAUUGUGAGAUUCAAUAUUUUUGUGUUGAAGUGUAAAAUUU